CCCAUCCCUAAAUUGGUCAUGGGUUUGAUAAAAGAAAAAAAAUAUAAUUUUGUAAAUUACUUCUUCAUGCCAUGGUUAAGAAUAAUAAAUUUCUGAGCAGAAGCAUAGUGCAGCGGUGGAAGCAGGGUUGAUCCUGAUUAGUAUUGCUGCAUCCCAAUUCACAAUCCUUUGAUUCGAAUCGAAGGACUUUGAAACGAAACAAGAAGAAUGCAUUACUGGGUUCGAGCUUCUUCUUCUGAUUUCGCCGGAACCCAUCCCCAACGUCGCAGUGGUCAUUCCGCUGUUAACAUCGGGAAAUCCAAGGUUGUCGUGUUCGGAGGACUCGUCGAUAAGAAGUUUCUCAGCGAUAUAGCUGUCUAUGAUAUUGAGGCCAAACAAUGGUUUCAGCCUGAGUGCACUGGAAGUGGUUCAGAUGGGCAUGUGGGUCCUAGCUCUCGGGCUUUCCAUGUUGCCGUUGCCAUUGAUUGUCAUAUGUUCAUUUUUGGUGGUCGCCUUGGGAGUCAAAGGUUGGGGGACUUUUGGGUUUUGGAUACUGAUAUAUGGCAAUGGUCUGAACUAACUGGCUUCGGUGACUUGCCUUCACCACGAGAUUUUGCUGCAGCUUCAGCAGUUGGAAACCGUAAAAUUGUUAUGUAUGGUGGAUGGGAUGGAAAAAAGUGGUUAUCUGAUGUUUAUGUCUUGGAUACAAUAUCCCUCGAGUGGAUGGAGCUCUCAGUUUCUGGAACAUUGCCGCACCCUAGAUGUGGGCAUACUGCCACAAUGGUCGAAAAACGGUUACUUGUUUAUGGUGGAAGAGGAGGAGGUGGACCAAUUAUGGGCGAUUUAUGGGCGUUGAAGGGCCUCAUUGAAGAAGAGAAUGAAGCACCUGGGUGGACUCAAUUAAAGCUUCCAGGUCAAGCACCUUCUCCCCGAUGUGGCCAUACAGUGACAUCCGGAGGACACUAUUUGUUGAUGUUUGGAGGGCAUGGGACUGGUGGAUGGUUGAGUCGUUAUGAUAUCUAUUAUAAUGAUUGCAUUAUAUUAGACAGAGUUUCAGCACAGUGGAAGCGGCUCUCCAUAGGCAAUGAACCCCCUCCUGCUAGAGCAUACCACUCUAUGUCAAUUAUUGGUUCACGGUAUCUGCUAAUUGGUGGUUUUGAUGGGAAAUCAACUUAUGGUGAUCCCUGGUGGUUAGUCCCUCAAGAGGACCCAAUUGCAAGUAGAUUAACUGCAUCUCCACCCAGAAAUAUUCCUGAAAGUAAGGAUGUUACCUCACUUAAUGAUGAUUUUCAACCUCAGUUCAAGGAAAGCCAAACAGAGAAAUUUCCUUUCUCUGAAUUGCAAAGACGAUUGCAAAUAUCAGUUUCGGAAUCCAAUUCUAGGCUUCAUAUUGUAAAUGAGUUGGAAGAUAAAGAGCUUCUUGAGUUAGCAUCAAGAUUAGCAGGUGAAAAUGUUUCUACAAAUUCACUGAAGGCAAUUGAAGCACUUCGUGAACACUGGAGAAAGUCUGAAUCGAAUAUGGUUAAACUCAAAGAGCUUGGACCGUUGCUUCGGGAUUACCAACGUCUAAUAUACAGGCAAUAUCUAGAAAGGAGUGCAUCUGCUCAACAACCUGGAUUUGGUGAACAAGUGAUGCAUCAACUUUACCAUGUAAAAAAUGCUACUCAGUUGCGCAUGGAUGAUAUUCCAAAACUUUUGGCAGAGUACAAACAGCUACCUAUAUGAAUGCUUGUUUGAUGAAAAUGAUCCCCCCCUCCCCCCUCCCCCAAAAAAAACCCAAAAGAAUUCCAUGGUGAGUUGUCUCAAAAACAUGGUUCCCCAACAAUACAUGAUUCACAGUGCAUCGACCUUGUUUAAUAUCCUGAAAUGUAGCUUUUCUAUUUUCAACAUUUUUUAUGCCAUGUUUGAACCUACGAUUUCAUGAUUUGCGAAGAUAUCAGCAAAUUUCAAAACCGAAGAGAACAAUUGGUGUUGAAUCAUACCGAGUGCAUAAUGUUUGAUGUACAAAAUUGUUUUUCUCCUCCCUUCUCAA